AAAACGUAAUGAACGUGAAACUUGAAGUAGACUCUAGGGAAUCAGGGUUGCUGACUCGUAACUGAUUUUACUUUUAAAGAUAGAGACGGACUGAUACAUUUAGGAAUUAGGGUUUUUACAUUUCGAUUUUGUGUGUGAGAAUUUCAAAAGGAAGUUGAAGAAGAAUAAUCUCGAGUUCUAGUUAAUGGAGGAAAAUAAUCAAUCACCACCGGUUAAGAAAGAACCAGAAGUUGCAGAGAAAAAAGAAGAAGUCAGCGGAGGAGGAGGUGGUUGGGGAGGUUGGGGAAUUUCUCCAUUUUCUGUUUUAUCAGAUCUUCAGAAAGCUGCUGCUGUUGCAGCUGAAGAGAUUACUCGCAAUGCAGCUGCCAUGGCUAAGAGUAUCGGAGAAGAUAUGCAAUCAUCUGAUGACACAGAACCCUUGAAGGAGGAAGAUGAGUCUGAUGAUCCAACACCUGCAGAAGAUACUGAUGACGAUGAUGAUAAGCGGCGAAAAUCUGCUCUAGAUAAAUUGGAGAAGGCCAGUGAAGAUUCUCUCUUGGGUCAAGGUCUUAAGGUUCUUGACAGCUCAGUGGAGAACUUUGCUUCCGGAGCAUGGCAAGCGUUUGGCAAUGCAUGGAAAGGGGGCUCACAGUUCAUCCAUAAGUUAGAGAGCUCUGCUGCAAACAUUGCAGAAUCCAUUCAGCAUACCAGUCUACCUGCAACACCUGGUUCUGUUGCUCCAUCUCUAAUAGAGAGUGGAAAAGCAUUAACCUCAAAGGGCAUACAAGUGCUUGAGCGAGUGGGUAAGGAGACUAUGGAUCUACUUAUUACAGAGACUGGUAUGGAAGUUGAUAAGAAUCCCGAAGCUGAGCAGCAAGCAGACGAAGAGCAGCUUUUCGAGGAAGUUUCAUUUGAUCGAUGUUUCUAUAUCUAUGGAGGUCCUGAGCAGUUGGAGGAACUUGAGGCGUUAUCCAGUCAUUAUACAUUGUUAUUUAACAGGAGGAAAGCAAAAUUAUCAGCAGAGCAGAAAUCUUUCUAUGAAGGAAAGCUUAAACAGGUUCAACAGAUAUUCAGUUUAAGUACUGAAGGUGAUGAUAAUGGUGCUGAUUCUGACAAGGGGAAGAAAGUUGAGACUGUCGAGGGAUCUGGCGAUGAGAUGAAAAGUUUACGUGAUGCAAGUGUCAGUAAGGCUGCCGAUAUGGCUGCUGGGUUCGCAACUAGCCUAGCUGGGAUAGCUGCAAAUGAAAUAAUACAGCGAACUGCUGGUAGACUCGAGGGAAUUCAUUCUGAGGGAGUCCAUAGACUCUCAGAGUUAUGCUGUUCUGCUGUUACUCAGCUUUUCAUGCUUGGAAAAUCUAUUAUCUCAAGUGCAAAUAAAGCACAAAAUGAAGAAACGGAGCAGGAAGAUAUGAAGAUUGAAUGGCCAGAGGAUUCUGUUGAAAGAGCCAAGCUCAUCAGAUCAAAAGCACAGUCAAUGGCAGGAGAUGUUGAAUUGGUAUCAAAUAGUUUUAUCACGGGUAUAUCCGAUGUAGUCGAAGCCUACCAAGCUGCGAUAAAAGGUGCAACUGCUAAUGCUCAUGAUGGCCUUCCACAAACUUCAGUGCAGGAGAAAGCUGAUGCCAUCUCUGAUCAUCUUCAUGCUGACCAGGCUACUGCUUUAGACAAGAUUCAGGAAGGACUUCAGUUCUUGGCAUUUGUGGUCAUCUCUUCCUCCAUGCCCAGUGCUUGAGAUUCAGUAAUUCAGUAACUUACUCUUGUUGUUUUAGUUUAGAUUUUCAUUUGUAAAUAGUUACACUUCAACACAGGCUUUUGUGAGUGAAUCAUUUUCUAUACCACAACACUUCACUCUGUUUGAAUUUAAAGUUACAAACUAACUUGAAGGAGGCAUUUCCUCGUUCUGAAAAUCAAUAAUGAGUUCUAAGAUAUUAUGACGUACAGGUGUUUUAUUUUUUAUUAGUGUGAAAUUUCCAUAAGAAAGUUUGA